GCUCGUAAGAAACUUGUAUAAAUACCUAGUAUCACCAUGCUUGAAAAUGCAUCUCCAUUCCGAACUUCACAAGUUUCAUACUUUGAUUCUUUUCUCCAAAUUUUGGUUGCUGCUAUGGCAUCUUUGUUAACACUUUUUGGCCUAUUUCUGUCUCUGUCUCUGCUAAUUAGUUUCGAAGUAUCGAAUGUAGAUGCACAGAUUGGCGUCUGCUAUGGAUUAAUUGGCAACAAUUUGCCUUCAAAACAGGACACUGUGAAUCUUUACAGGCAGAAUGGCAUUGGAAAAAUGAGAAUAUAUGGACCCGAUUCAGAAGUCCUGAAUGCCUUACAAGGAAGCAAUAUUGAACUCGUGAUGGGCGUCGCGGAUCAGGACAUUCAGCGAUUGGCAUCAGAUCCUUCAGAAGCUGCCAAUUGGGUUAGGACCAACAUCCAAGCUUAUUCAUCAGAUGUUAAUUUCAAGUACAUUGCUGUCGGAAAUGAAAUCAUCCCUUCUUCUGGAAACGCCCAAUACGUUGGCCCUGCCAUGGAAAACUUGCAUAAUGCAAUCUCAGGCGCGGGUCUCGGAGAUAAAAUCAAGGUCACAACAGCAACAUUCAUGGGCCUAAUUGGUGCUUCCUUUCCUCCCUCCCGUGGUUCUUUCCGGGAUGAUGCAAAGCAAUUCAUCAAGCCUGUUAUUGAUAUUCUUGUUCGCAAUAAUGCGCCAUUGUUGAUUAACAUAUAUCCUUAUUUUAGCUACAUUGGUGAUCCAAACAACAUUCAGCUUGAUUAUGCGCUCUUCAGAUCGGGUGGUACCGUGGUUCAGGACGGUUCCAAUGGGUACCAGAACCUUUUCGAUGCAAUGCUGGAUGCUUGUUACUCUGCUCUGGAGAAUGAAGGUGGUAGUAAUGUACAGAUUGUGGUGUCGGAAUCGGGAUGGCCAUCGGAUGGAAAUCCUCCGGCUGCUUCUGUGGUGAACGCUGAAACGUAUGUUCGGAAUCUGAUUAGUCAUGUCAAAUCAGGAGCAGGGACACCAAAGAGGCCUGGAAGAGCCAUUGAAACUUAUAUCUUUGCCAUGUUUGAUGAAAAUGGGAAACAGGGAGCUGAGACUGAAAAGCAUUUUGGCCUCUUCAGCCCAACUCAACAAUCAAAGUAUUCAGUUAGUUUUUAACUGAGAUUGGUAACAUUGGCAUGAUGAUCAGGCGGCCCCAUUUGCGCGACCUCUGUAACAUAUAUUUUGAUUGAGAUUAAAAGCGUGACGAUCAUGUCUUUUGUAGUAGUAUAUUACUUCUGCUUAAUAAUAGUCAUAACUGAAAUCAUGUUAUGCUUUUUUAUCAACCACAAACCCACUUCUCUUACACACAGAAACAUUAUCUGCCCAAUGAAUUAUUGGUCAUUUUGAUUUAAUAAUUU